CUGACCCGAUAGUUUAGUCACAAAAUCUGCAUGUGUACGUUGUUGCAUACCGCGUCCCAUACAUCUCUCUCUUUAAUGCUUAGACUAUAGAGAAAAAAAAGGUAGAAAAAGUUAAAGAAUAGAUAGAAAAGAGAGAGAGUAGUAUCCUAGGCUAUCCCUCUUUCCCUUUCAAGUUUUCAGUUACUUUAAUUCAAUCAAAUUUAUCUAUUACGAGUACUAUUUAAAAAUUAUAAUCACACUUCUUUCUUUUCUCAAUUCCCCAUAUAUAUAUAAGCACCACAUCCCCACACACCACACCCCCACCACCUUUGUUUUUUUUAUAUGUUCCUCAAAACUAUAGCAAUAUAGAGAGAGACCAUUAGAGAGACACACACAUACAUGGAGUCCUUCUUAUGAUUCAAGAACAAGUUUUGAUGCAACCCCAUUUGGUUAUUUGUUAGAGAAAGAAGAGGGCUUGUUGCACUUGAUUUGGUUUGGUCUGGUUCUGCCAUUUUUGUGUUCCUUUGUUUUCUGAGAGAGGGUUGGUGUUUUUUUUUUUUAACAAAGAUAUGGCUAUUCAAGCGCAGUUGUAUUCAGAGAAUCAUGGGUUUCCAAUGUUUGGGUCACAUGAUUUGAUCAUGGAUAAUGGUUGUGGCGUUGGUCUUGGUGGUUUCAAUCACUUCAGUUUUGAUCUCCAACAGAAACAACAACUGCAGCAGCAACACCAACAACUGCAACGCUUGCAACAGAUACAAAACCAACAGCAAAGGAAUCAACAAAACCUGUUUCUUGACAACGGUAGUUUUAUUGCUUCUACUUUGAAAAACAAUCCCAUCACCACCACCACCAACAACAACAAUAGUCAUCUACCAAUGCUGCAUUCUCAAAGCAUAACUUCUCAGUUUGAGAAGCAAAGGCAGGAGAUUGAUCAAUAUCUCAGAUUACAGAAUGAGAGAUUGAGAUUAGUAUUGCAAGAGCAGAGGAAGCAACAAUUAGCAGUGGUGCUAAAGAGAAUUGAAUCGAAAACGUUAUUUUUACUGGGACAGAAGGACGAGCAAAUAGCACAAGCGGCUAAUAGAACAAUGGAGCUUGAAAAUUUCUUGAGAAGAUUGGAGGCAGAGAACCAAGAGUGGCAGAAAGCGGCACAAGACAACGAAGCCAUGGUUGUGUACUUGAAUAACGCAUUAGAGCAAGUUAAAGAAAGAACCCCUUUCGGCUUCUUCAACAAUGAUGCAGAGGACGCGGAGUCUUGCUGUGAUGUAAAUAUGGAGAAAGACGAAGAAUUAUUACAAGAAGUAGUACAAGAUGAAACAGAGGAAAACAGAGGAGUGCUAGAAGUGUUUGAGCUUGAGAAGCAGAGAAAGUUGAUGAUGAUGACGGUGUGUAAAGGCUGUAAUUCUCGAAGCUCGUGCAUGUUGUUCCUUCCUUGCAGGCACCUUUGUUCAUGCGAAGUUUGUGAGCCUCUGCUUGAUUGUUGUCCUGUCUGUACAAAGGCAAAGAAGGCUAGCAUAGAGGCUUUGAUUUUCUAGGCAAAUUUUCUGGGAAAAGUAAAGAGGGAA